UCGAGAGCCGCCUCCAUGGAGCGACAGGUGCUGAUGAGCGAGCCGGACGAGGCCACGGCGCUGUACCGAGCGCUGAGCCGCCACCCCGCGCUGGUCACCGCCGGCCUGGGACCCGAGGUCACCACCCAGUACGGUGGCAAGUACCGCACGGUGCAUACAGAAUGGACCCAGCGAGACCUGGAUCGGAUGGAGAGCAUCCGGUUCUGCCGCCAGUAUCUUGUGUUCCACGAUGGUGGCUCUGUGGUGUUUUCUGGACCUGCGGGCAACAGCAUUGAAACCAAGGGGGAGAUGCUGAGCAGAGAUUCCCCCUCAGGGGCACUGAAGGCUGUGCUUCGAAAGACUGGGAGUUCAAAGGCUGGGGAAGAGAAACAGUUCCUGGAGGUUUGGGCAAAGAACUGCAAGCUUAAGAGCAUCAACCUAACAGCGCUGGAGAAGCAUGGGAUUGUGUAUGAGGAUGAUUGUUUUGGGUGUCUGUCCUGGUCACACUCAGAGAGCCAUCUUCUCUACGUGGCUGAGAAGAAACGUCCCAAGACAGAAUCUUUCUUCCACACCAAAGCCUUGGAGCUCAGUGAUGCAGAGACAACCACACCAAAGAAGGACCAAGCAGUCAAGGGGGAUCAGUAUAUAUUUCAUGAAGACUGGGGAGAAAGUUUGGUUUCCAAAAGUAUCCCUGUCCUGUGUGUUCUGGAUAUUGAAAGUGGGAACAUCUCAGUGCUAGAGGGAGUCCCAGAGAGUGUCUCCCCUGGACAGGCAUUCUGGUCUCCUGGUGAUACUGGUGUGGUGUUUGUGGGCUGGUGGCAUGAGCCUUUCCGACUAGGAAUGCGUUCUUGUACCAACCGCAGGUCGGCUCUGUUCUAUGUAGACCUCACCGGUGGCAAAUGUGAGCUCCUCUCGGAUGACUCUGUGGCUGUGUGUUCCCCCCGGCUGAGUCCAGACCAGUGCCGUAUCAUCUAUUUGCGGUGCACAAACCUCGGUCCCCAUCAGCAGUGCAGCCAGUUGUGCUUGUAUGACUGGUACACAAAGGUCACCUCGGUCGUGGUGGACAUUGUACCCCGACAGUUGGAAGAUCACUUUUCUGGAAUCUAUUGUAGCCUGUUGCCUUUGGGAUGUUGGUCAGCUGAUAGUCAGAGAGUCGUCUUUGAUUCUGGCCUGCGAAGCCGACAGGAUCUGUUUGCAGUGAAUACCCAAACAGGCAGUGUGACUUCCCUGACAGUUGGGCUGCCUUUGGGAAGCUGGAAGCUGCUCACAAUUGACCAAGACCUCAUGCUAGUUCAGUUUUCCUCUCCCAACCAACCACCAAGCUUGAAAGUGGGGUUCCUGCCUCCUUCAGGGAAGGAGCAAGAGAUCCUCUGGGUAACCCUGGAAGAGGCAGAGUCCAUCCCAGAAAUCACUUGGGCCAUCCGUGUUUUGAAACCUCCUCCUGAGCAAGAGAACCCCAAGUACCCUGGCCUUGACUUUGAAGUGAUCCUCCUUCAGCCCUCCAGCACAGCUGAGAAGUCCAAGAUCCCACUUAUGGUCAUGCCUCAUGGGGGCCCCCAUUCAUCCUUUGUAGCAAGCUGGAUGCUCUUCCCUGCGGUCCUCUGUAAGCUGGGCUUUGCUGUGAUGCUAGUGAACUACCGAGGUUCCACAGGCUUUGGGCAGGAUAGCAUCUAUUCCCUCCCUGGGAAUGUGGGAGACCAAGAUGUGAAGGAUGUUCAGUUUGCGGUGGAACAGGUGUUGCAGGAGGAGGAGUUUGAUAGGGGGCGAGUGGCACUCAUGGGUGGAUCCCAUGGGGGCUUCCUGUCUUGCCACCUGAUUGGCCAGUAUCCAGAUACCUACAGUGCCUGUAUAGUUAGGAAUCCUGUCAUCAAUGUGGCCUCCAUGUUCGGCUCUACUGACAUUCCUGACUGGUGCAUGGUAGAAACAGGCUUUCUCUAUACUACCGAUUGCCUCCCUGACCCCACCACCUGGGCAGAGAUGCUGGACAAAUCGCCGAUCAAGUAUGCUUCUCAGGUUAAGACACCCCUUCUCCUCAUGCUUGGCCAAGAAGACAAGCGUGUUCCUUACAAACAGGGUAUGGAGUAUUAUCGGGCUCUUGUAGCCAGGAAGGUCCCUGUGCGGUUCUUGCUGUAUCCCAGGAGCAACCACUCACUGUCUGAGGUGGAAGUGGAGUCUGACAGCUUCAUGAAUACCGUCCUCUGGCUGCACGCACACCUGGAACGCUGAGGAGCCAGGAGCAGCGAGCAGCGUCUGUCAGGGCACCAGCCCAUUUGUCGCUGCUGGUCUCUCUCUCUUACCCCAUGCUGUGAUAACACAAUACUGACAUUUCCAUUCGCCAAGCUGUCUUAACGAGGGAUUCUUAAUAAGCUGAAGAGGAGCAUCCUGAAUGUAGUCCCAGGCUAUGUAUGGUGUAGCCUUUCAGGGCCUACACCCCUUCCCUGGCUAGAGGGAGGUGAGAGAAGAGCUCCCACUUUCCCUGUCUGGCCUGUCUUACAAGGAGAGCCAAGGAGUAGGCCACUUCCUUCAGCUGAACCAGCAAGGAGCCAUCUGUGCCUCCAGCCUAGGAUUCUACAGGAUGGGCCUGUCCAGUCUGAGUCCACCUUGGAGGGCAGUGGGGGUGCAAAGGGAUGCGUCUUGAUGUCCACUUGCUAACCUGCAACGUUGCUCUUUGGGGUUGAGUUUGGGUAUUUUCUGCAAGCCCCUUCUGUAUGAUCAGAACUCAGCUGCCCCUGCUCAGUGCUGAGCCCUUGUCUUAGUGCUUUAGGGGGUGGUUUUAAGAAGAGAGAAGCAAGAUGUAGAGAAAAGAGCAUUUGGCCCAUUUCCUCAUCUGCUCAAUGAGGGAGUUGAACUACAUCUCCCGGAGGCCGUCUAGCUAAUUCCUGUGUUCAAUGACUGACUCUGGCUGGCCCCUAAGACUAGGUACUAGGCCCAUUGUGGACCAUAGAUCCCAACAGUGCUCAGCAGAGGUAUGUGCUAAUAAACAUGACCCUGGUGAAAA